UCUUCUGUUGCCUCUCGUUCUCUGGUCCAUCCGUCCGGGUCCUCUUCUCCCUCUCCCUCCCAUUUCUCUCUCUCUCUCUCUCUCUCUCUCUCUCUCUCUCUCUCAUAUCCAGCGUCGCCGGAUGGCGAUCACCAUCCCGUACAUCACCGCCUUGACGACGCUGUUCAGCUACGGCUUGCUCUUCGCCUUCGGCCAGAUCAGGGAUCUCUUCAGAAAGUUCCUCGAAUGGUCGAGUUCCAAGAAUCUGCAGGGAUAUGCACCGAUUUGUUUGGGUCUUGAGGACUUCUACACUCGCAGGCUUUAUCUUCGGAUUCAGGAUUGCUUUUCUAGGCCAAUAGCAGGAGCACCAGAUGCUUGGAUUGAUGUGGUUGAGCGUUACUCAAAAGACAGUAACAAGACAUUAAUACGGACCAAGAGGACAAGUAAAUGCCUCAACUUAGGAUCAUAUAACUAUCUGGGUUUUGCUGCAGCUGAUGAAUAUUGCACACCCCGUGUAAUUGAGUCUUUGAAUAAAUAUUCAGCGAGCACCUGUAGCACACGUGUUGAUGGUGGAACAACGGCCUUGCAUGCUGAACUUGAGGAACUAGUUGCAAGAUUUGUUGGAAAGCCAGCUGCCUUGGUUCUUGGAAUGGGUUAUGUAACAAACUCUGCUAUUAUUCCAGUAUUGAUUGGAAAGGGUGGGUUGAUAAUAAGUGAUUCCUUAAACCACAACUCAAUUGUCAAUGGUGCUCGAGGAUCAGGCUCAUCAAUUCGGGUUUUCCAGCAUAACACACCAUCUCACUUGGAGGAGGUGCUGAGAGAGGCUAUAGCAGAGGGGCAGCCUCGUUCUCACAGGCCUUGGAAAAAGAUAAUUGUUGUUGUUGAGGGAAUCUAUAGCAUGGAAGGAGAGCUUUGUAAACUUCCUGAAAUUGUGGCAGUGUGCAAGAAGUACAAGGCAUAUGUAUAUUUAGAUGAGGCACACAGCAUUGGUGCUGUUGGGAAAACUGGAAGAGGUGUUUGUGAAUUACUUGGAGUUGAUACAGCUGAUAUUGACAUUAUGAUGGGAACUUUCACAAAAUCAUUUGGUUCAUGUGGAGGAUAUAUUGGCGCUUCAAAGGAACUUAUUCGGUUUUUGAAAUAUACGUGCCCAGCUCAUCUUUAUGCUACAUCAAUGUCACCCCCAGCAGUUCAACAAAUUAUUUCAGCCUUAAAGGUUGUCCUUGGCGAAGAUGGUUCAAGUAGAGGAGCUCAGAAACUUGCAAGAAUACGUGAAAACAGUAACUUUUUCAGGUCAGAGCUGCAGAAGAUGGGUUUUGAGGUUCUUGGAGAUAAUGAUUCACCAGUGAUGCCAAUAAUGCUUUACAAUCCUGCAAAGAUACCAGCCUUCUCUAGAGAAUGCCUUAAGCAAAAUGUUGCUGUUGUGACUGUUGCAUUUCCAGCUACACCACUGCUUCUUGCUCGAGCUCGGAUUUGCAUAUCUGCUUCCCACACCAAGGAAGACCUGGUGAAAGGCUUAGAGGUUAUUAGCAAAGUCGGAGACCUAGUUGGUAUCAAAUACUUCCCUGCUGAACCAAAAAAGAACCAGCAGGAAGAUAGGAAGAAGCAGGAUUAGGACUGUAUUUUAUGAGAAAUCCUCUGUUCAUACUUCUGCUAGUGGUUCUGCCAAAUGUUCUUCGUAUAAACAGAAGCAUUUAAUUCUGUUUCUCUGGUAAGGGCUUAUGUAUUAUAUUGUUGGAGGUUUUACUGGCAGUCUGGUUGGUAUUUGCAUUUAUUUUGUUUUUGUAUAGUACUGUGUUUUGUACCAGUUUUGCAGUACAGUUACUGAUUUUCAUCAGUACUUGUUCA